AUCUAUCACCACUCAUUUCAACUCUAACCGAAUGGCCGCCGACAAAAAGAAACGCCGGCGACCCAACUCCGACUCCGACACCGACAACCGUCCAUUCAAAUCCAAACUCAAACCCGACCCGGUCAUCCUCCAAACCCUAAAAAAACUCAAAUCCUCAUGUUCCGCCGCCGCCUCAACUUCCAAAACCCUAACCCUAACCGACCUUAACCUCUCCUCAUCUUGCCGUGAAGUUACCGAUCUCCCAAUCGAUGAAGUCCAAUCCGAAAUCGAAUCAUUAGCACUCAAAAUCGCCAAAUCAAUACUCUCCGGCGAAGGUUUCUCGUUUUCCGUGCCUUCCCGAUCUUCCGCUAAUCAAUUAUAUGUUUCUGAACUUGACCGUAUUGUUCUCAAAGAUAAAUCUUCGUUACGUAACUUCGGUAACGUGUCUACCGUAAGGAAAGCGACGAUUACGCUGAGAAUACUUCAACUUGUACAUCAGUUAUGUACUAGUAAUAUCCAUGUUACUAAACGUGAUUUGUUUUAUACUGAUGUUAAGUUGUUUCAGGAUCAAUCACAAUCUGAUGCUGUUUUAGAUGAUGUUAGUUGUAUUGUUGGUUGUACUAGGUCUAGUUUGAAUGUUGUCGCGGCGGAGAAAGGGGUGGUAGUUGGGAGGUUGAUUUUUAGCGAUAAUGGCGAUAUGAUUGAUUGUACGAAAAUGGGAAUGGGAGGGAAAGCUAUUCCUCCGAAUAUCGAUAGGGUUGGUGAUAUGCAGAGCGACGCGUUGUAUAUCUUGUUGGUUGAGAAGGAUGCUGCGUUUAUGAGGUUGUCGGAAGAUAGGUUUUAUAAUAGGUUUCCGUGUAUUAUUGUGACCGCGAAGGGGCAACCUGAUGUGGCGACUAGGUUGUUUCUGAGGAAGAUGAAGAUGGAGUUGAAUUUGCCUGUUCUGGCAUUGGUGGAUAGUGAUCCUUAUGGGUUGAAGAUUUUGUCGGUUUAUGGGUGUGGAUCGAAGAAUAUGUCGUAUGACAGUGCGAAUCUGACUACACCGGAUAUCAAAUGGUUAGGUAUUAGGCCGAGUGAUUUGGACAAGUAUAAGAUACCGGAGCAAUGUAGGUUGCCAAUGACUGAACAGGAUAUUAAGACCGGGAAAGAUUUGUUGGAAGAGGAUUUUGUGAAGAAGAAUCCGGCUUGGGUUGAAGAGUUGAACUUGAUGGUGAAGACUAAGCAAAAGGCUGAGAUUCAGGCGUUGAGUUCGUUUGGGUUUCAGUAUCUGUCUCAAGUGUAUUUGCCAUUGAAGCUGCAAGAACAGGAUUGGCUAUGAGAAUACAAAUCUUGUUGCUAAAUUACUUGAAUUUUGGUGCACUUUUUGUUGAUACCAAAUUAGCUUUUGUUAACUUGGAACUUGAUCUACUGUACUCUAAACUUAGCAUUUUCCUUCACUGUUAUGUUGAAUCACAGUUGAAGUUAUGUAUCUUGCUAUUUUUGAGUGGAGUUAUUGUUGUGUUAAUUCACAAUUACAGUUAGACUGGA